AUGCCAGAGUUUGGCCAAUGUGAUGAUCCAUCAUGUAAUGAACAAGCUGUUCGUUUAUUUGAUUGUGCUCAUCAUUGCAAGAAAAUGAUUUGUCUUCAACAUUUAAUUGAACAUGAUCGUUUAGUUGAAAAUAAUAAACGACAAUUAGAAAUUGUUCAACUAGAACUUAAACGUCUUUACUCAAUUUAUUCAUCAUUAAUUGAUGAAGAUAAAAUUCGCUAUGAAUAUGAACAAAAAUUAAAUGAUUAUCAAAAAUUAGUAAAUGAAGUUAAUACUCUAUUAGAAAAUAAUUCAAAUGAUAUUGAACAAUUUCGAUUAGUUAUUGAAAAACUAAAACAAACAAUUAAUGAUAAACAAAAACAAUCAAGCGAUUCUUUGACUAUUGUUAAAGUUGAACCGAUUGAAGAGAUCGCAUCAUCAACGACAAUGGAUUUAGAAAGUAUUGAAAAUACAAACGCAAGAAACCAGUCAAACAAUAAAACAACUAUUGCCACCGAUGAUGAUGAUGAUGAUAACAUUAACACAAUUCUUCCAAUGCAUCGAAUUGCUGGUCUAUGUCCACUAUGGAUGAAUGGCUCCUAUGGUCUUAAUCAAAAACAUCAUUUUCAUCGUUUGUGUCGAAAAAAACGUUUCUCUGAUUUAAGCAAUCAUAUGCGUCAAUAUCAUAGUUUAUUAACACCUAUUGCUAAUAUUAUUGCAAGAGCUGUUGAUUCGAAAAUACCCGUUAGAAAACGUUUAAUUCCGAAUGAUUUACAGGUUACUGAUCCACGACGAAGUUUUUUUUGUCCAUUACGUGUUGAUUGUGAAAAUCAAUAUUGGUUUUCAGCAUCAUCUCUUCGAACUCAUCUUAUUGAUGUACAUCAUAUGAAUCAAUCGAUGGCAGAACUAAAAAUUAAAAGAAUAAAAAUAUUGAAUAAAAAUAAACCAAUGUCAAAAAUUAAAAAUAGAAUCUUGGAAAUUAUUAGAAAAAUUGAAUCAACAAGCGAAGGUCAAAAGUAA